AUGAACUCCCCAGGCAACACAGUUGAUGUCCGACCGGGUCAAAAGAGGCGUCUUGGGAGAUCAGCACCUCGGUCACGAUCUGGCUGUGCAAUCUGUAAAAAAAGGAAAGUGAGGUGCGACGAAGGAUUGCCGACUUGCGCGAACUGCACCCGACUAGGAGCCGAAUGUCACUAUCAAAGGGUUCCACCCAGAAAGCGAUUGCAGGCAGAAAGACCGUCGUCUAUUCCUGCAAGCUUUGACAAUCUGUGUAAUGGAUCACAUGAGUAUUCGCCUAUGCCGAGAGAUGCUGGAAACGUGGACCAAUCAAUGGAUAUCGACCUAGACUUGAAUUCAACUCUAGAUAAUUCAACUCUAGAUCCAGAUAAUAAUGGCCUGUUCUUUGACUUUGACGCCUUCUCUCGGAAUGCUCUGGAUCUUUGGUGCUCUCCUUCAACAUUGCUACCAGAGAGCCUCUUGACAUUGGAUUAUGACACCUCCGCCGUUGACAAUUCAUUCAAUGAUGGUCCCGACAUUGAUGCCUCGCUAAACAGGAAUGUUGCUCGAAAUGUAGGCCGCGAAGAGGGAAGUCGAGUUGUUGAAAAUCCACAAUAUGGAAAUGGAGCCUCGCAGAAGGUUUCAAUUUCUCCACGUCCUGAAAACGACGCGAAUCUUCUGCGGGAUAUCGUGCCAAAUUUUAAUCGGAUGGCGACGACCAUCCUGGCUCCACGCGCAAACGGAGAAUCGGGAGCAGAUGACAGUAUCACACGCCGCUCUGAUGCACUAGGUCGAUACUUUCAUGAAAGUGUUUUUGUACCAGCCGUCACGAGCAUAGAUAAUGCGUCUUGGCGUACACUCUGUGGUCAAAUCCUUGUCAUGGCUAGGAGAAGCUCAAUCAUAUCGAGCUCGGUUGUCGCUCUGUCACAGCUUCACUUCAACAAAUUUGGCUCAAAUGCAGAGCGCAAAGAAUCGCACGCCUUACGGAAUGGUCAAAAUCUCACUAGUUACCUAUACAUAUUUGCCAAGGAAACACUUAUCGAGGGACUAGAGGAACAGAGGAAAACUAAUUCACGAUCUCUUCAUCGAGAACUAUUUAUAGGAUUGUUUUUGCUUACUUGCUUUGAGUUCAUUGAUAAAGAAGAUAUCCAACGGUCGCAUCAAAUCGAAUGGGCAGACUAUUUGCUCCAAAAUAUCGAUCAGACAGAUACCAUGCAACAGCAAAUCCUGAAGUGGCUUGUGCUAUGUGAUAUGAAGUUAGUGAUAUUUGGAGGAAAUGGGAUUCUGACACGGCAACGAGCGCCCAUCUCGCUUGUUCCAUCGGCUCCUACCGACUCGGCUCAGGCUGAACACACUAUACAACAAGACACGAUAAACGAAGAUCCAUUAUCGCCACCUCGUGGUCGAUUAAAACAUGCCAGACUUCAUCAAGGCCUGUCUGCAUCUUCUUACAGUGGAAGUCCUGUGUCAUUACUGAAAGAAAGCAUUCUUCGUGAUGUUAUUCACUUCUAUCACCUCUCCCAACAAUUCCUUCGUCGAAUUGCCAUGCUAGACCGGCAUCGCAGACCACGAGGCUCGUUAGAAGACGAGAAAGAAGUGACUGCUAGUGCCAAUAAAAUAAUCAAUGAUCUUCAUCAGCUUUGGCACACCCGCCCCGCCAUUAUGAGCUGUGAGCUGAAGCAUCUACAAGAGCUUUUACAAGAUCACCACGCCAGAGAUAUCUUCCGCUUACUUUGCGUGACUCGGGCGAGCUUUUGGUCCAAUUUCUGUUAUUUGUAUCGCGCUGCGUGGUGGAAUCAUUCUAUUCAAGAAGAUGAAAUGCUAGCUGCCAGCGACACAUGGGUGGCUCUCCGUCAAAGUGUUGAGCAGCCUGUGGAAUUGCCUACAGAUUCCGUGGGUGAUGUCAAUGUGAAUGAAGAACUUCCCAUCAGCACUGUGGCCAUGUGGACCCUUUUUACAUAUGCUACGGAAUGCACUGAUCCUGCGAAAGUUGCUUGGUGCAUUGCGAAGCUUCGGCAAUUAGAUUCGAUUGAAAGGAAUUUCGGAUCGGCGGGAGAAUACGCGAGUAUUCAUGCUGGGAAGGCCGCCCGGUUAUUACAGGAGGUCACAGAUCGGCAGACGACGAAGGCUUGUCGGAUAGAUUCCUUGGAACGCAGAAAAAUGCAGCUUCAGAACAGGACUUUCAUCAUUACUGGAGGAGCCUCUGGAUUGGGCCUGGAAACAGCAAAAGCUUUGGUUGGUGCUGGUGCGUAUGUUGGGUUGUUGGAUUUGAACAAGCUGCCUGCGAACGUGGAAAAUAUGCCACCACACCAAAUCAAGGAUUACCAGGUUGAUAUUUCAUCCACCAAACAAGUAUCAGAAGCCAUUUGCGGUAUCUUAGAAUGGACAAAUCAUACGAAUGCGCCUAUCGGGGGCGUGGUGUGUUGCGCUGGUAUUCUUGCUCCCGGAAAAAUUAUGAACUCCAGAUUUGAGUCACUAUCAUUACAGAAGAUCACUCAAGCUAUCAAUAUUAAUUUAGUCGGCACUCUCGACAUUAUCCGUCAGGUGGUCCCUCACAUUGCUCGGCUCCCAGAAGAAGUUGAUCCUGAAAACGAGUCUGAAAGAGGGGUCAUUAUCAUGGUAUCAUCCGCUGCAGCUUUCGAUGGUCAACAAGGGCAAGUUGCAUAUUCAGCUACUAAGGGUGCCAUUCAGGCUUUGACGCUCCCUCUGGCAAGGGAUUUGUCGCCAUACGGCAUCAGAGCUGUGUCUAUUGCCCCCAACAUGUUCUCAACGCCGAUGACAGCCCAGGGGAAGAUGCCUGAAAAGGCACGUUUGGCUAUCGAGAGUCAAUAUGAAUGGCCAAAACGAGCGGGAAAACCUGCGGAGUUUGCUGAGUUUGUUCUGGAAAUUUGUCGGAAUCGAAUGCUUAAUGGAUGUUGUCUCAGGCUUGAUGGUGCCAUGAGAUUGCCGGCAAAGAUUUGA